CGUAAAAUGCGAAAUGCGAAAUGCGAUUUCUAUCUUGAGUGUCAUAAAACGAUGCGAUAAGAAGACCCAACGUCAUACUCAAUGGCCCUCACAACCUCCCGAGCCGCCGCGAGGCUUACUCGCCAAGCAGUACGGACUAGCAGAUGUCAAUCUGUAGCUCCCUCCUACCGUCCUGCCAGCUCUUCCUUCUCAACUUCUGCCCCUCGUUCUUCCGAAUUAGACGAGCGACCACGAUGGUCAUUCACACCCGAGAGGAUGAGAGCUCCCUUCUCGCCUCAUAUCACAAAAGACCCGGCUCGAUCCGUAUGGAAGGUCAACGAGGACCCUCAGAAGCUAGACGAUGUGUUGAAUAACAUCCUAGGUCGUGAUGGACAGCGCAUGUUACCAGAAGAGCUUAAGUGGUUGGCCGUAACACACAAGAGUUUUGAUCAGGGAAGAAGAGGGUUUAAUGAUCGUUUAGCAUUUCUCGGCCGCCAAAUAUGUGUCUUGGAAUGUACACAAUCUAUCAUCAGUUCUCCUCGCAGCCUUGACAAUUACCCAGAUACCUUCGCCGAUAGACGGAAACCGUUUGAGGAUCCCAUCGUCGGCGGUGUUGACAAUCUCUCUAGUAGACAGCCGAGCGACAUGCUCAGCCCUGAGAAACUGGCCCAGUUGGCAUUGGACACUGGGUUGACGACCGUUGUAAGGUGGAAACCACGAAUGCCGGAAAACAUCAAAGGAUCAGGAUUUGACCCCAUCAUGUCUGCCGCCGUCUACGCUCUUAUCGGCGCGGUUUCUUUGCAACAGGGUGGCAAGAUGGCGAGCCGAAUCGUGAGAGAACGGAUAUUAAAGAAGCUCCGGCUAUAGCGAAGUCUAAUAGUGUAAAAUCAAUGUAAAAUACCCUGCACAGUGUACAAGGUAUGAAAUAUACGUGAAUGCAUGAAACCGCCUUUGCCUAGAGUAAAUCCAACAUCCACAGGAUCGCCAGUUUGACAGGCAUAUUCUAGCGCAAGAGGGUU